CUCACUGACUUCUUAAACAUCAACAUCUUGCCUCAGACCAACUUGUGGAUAAAUCAGUAAUAUUUACAAGACAUGGCUGCGUCGAAUUAUUCCUUGAAGGUCAACAGAGAGCUGCUGGACCCCAACUUUGAAAGUUACAGGUUAUCUCUGGACGCCAUACCAACGUAUAACGUAGAGCUGGAUGCUGCUGUGGAGGAAGUUAAGUUGAAGGAUACUCAGUACACCCUGGAACAUAUGCGUGCUUUUGGCAUGUACAAUUACCUCCACUUAGAUCCUUGGUAUGAAGACAGCGUUUUGUUUGUGGACUGCAAAGGAAGGGUUCUCAGCCUCACCGUCACCCUGGACACCGCCCUGGGGAAGCCGAGAGAGGUCUACCGUAUAACCGCUGACCCCAGCCAGUGUGAGGAUCGUCUCUGUGCGUCCCUCAGCCUCACCUCAGCGACCUGGGCGGCUCUCUCUGACGGCGCCGGCCGACUGUACCUUCUCCGCACCGGCAAGAGAGGAGACAGCUCCCAUAUGAAGUGGGAACCGCUGUUCAGUGAAGACACGGGGGAGCCGUUCACCAUCCUCCACAGCGUCUCACAUGUCCAGGACGGAGUCCACACCAUGGAGGUCCUGCUGCUCCGCAUCCAGAAAGACCCGCAGGAAACCAAAGGAAGCGGAUACUCGGUGUCUCUUGAGUGGGUCACAGUCGCCAACACUGCCGGACACGGUCAGGAGAAGAAGUACGAGGUGAGGAAAAGGAGGGUCCUCAGGGGGAAGACGGUGCCUCACUACGCAGCGGUGGAGCCGCAGGGGAAGGGGCUGAUGGUGGCCUCGGAGAAGCCGUUUGCCUUCACGCAUGUGGACGGUCGUCCCGUGGAGCAGCCUGAUCCCGAGCCCAUGGAGGUGGAGAAGACAGAUCCCAUUUACUUCUGGCAGCAGACGGCGGAGGACAUCACGGUGUGUGUGCGCAUGCCCGAGGGUGUCACCAAAGAGGAGGUGCAGUUCAGGCUGACGGCAGACAACAUCAGCCUCGGAGUUCAGGGUUUCCCUCCUUUACUGGAAGGCCAGCUGCACGCAUCCGUAGACCCCGAGGCCAGCGCCUGGACCAUCAAAAAUGACAAAAGCCUGGAGGUGACCCUGCAGAAGCGCGGCGAGGGGCCGAUGUGGCCCGAGCUGGUGAUGGGCGACAGGAGAGGGGAGUACGUGAUGAGCGACGAGCAAGCCGCCCUAAUCCACGAGAGGCUGACGUACCUCACCUCCGAAGACUUGAACGGAAACCCUGACAAGGACAAGCCCCCUUGUAACUCUCAAGAGCUGGAGGACUGUGAUGGGUUCCCAGAAGACAGCUUCAGCCUCACACAUUUUGACGGAGAAUCACUCAAGCCCACUCAGGUGGUGAAUCUAGGCAGCCAUCAGUACCUGUUCACAGUUGACGUGAACCCGUCGGACAUGCCGUGCCUGUGCCUCAGACACGACGUGGAUGCCCUGGUGUGGCAGCCUCGUCCCGACCAGCCCAGUAACAUGUGGGAGCACGUUGCCACGUUCAACGCCUUGGGCUACGUCCAGGCGUCCAAACGUGAUAAAAAGUUUGCGACCUGCGCUCCAAACUUCUCCUACGCUUCCCUGUGCGAGUGUCUCCGCCGCUCAUUCAUCUACCGUCAGCCGUCGCCGGUGGAAACCGUCCUCUUCAACAGGAAGCAGGGCCGUCAGGUAGGGCAGGUUGCCAAGCAACAGGUGGCGAGCCUGGACUCCGAUAAACCAAUCCUGGGCUUUAGAGCGACCAAUGAGAGACUGUAUAUCCUGACCUCCAGUAACCUCUUUGUUCUAAAGGUCAAUAAUAAUUAGAUUUGGGACUCCUCAGAGUGCGAUCAGUCCAGACUGAACAUGUUUUAUCUGCUGCAACUGGAAAACAAAAAGCUUCCCUCUGUCUAAGUUUGUGCUUCAUCUGUCUGUGCUGGAUUUUGUUGUCUGAGUCGCCUCAUGUUUCCCGUCAUGAAAUAUCUAUAAGAUCUGUAAGUACUGAACCGUGUUCUAAAAGACAAUUUCUGAGAAUAAACAAUCACUAGAGCUGUG